AUGGAUUUACGGGUCGGUAAAAAGUACAGGAUCGGAAGAAAGAUCGGUAGUGGAUCGUUCGGUGAUAUCUACCUUGGCACCAACAUCAUUUCUGGUGAAGAAGUGGCCAUCAAAUUGGAGAACACCAAAGCAAAACACCCUCAAUUAGAAUAUGAAGCAAAAGUAUACAAAGCGUUGAGUGGUGGGGUUGGAAUCCCCUUUGUCAGAUGGUAUGGAACCGAGUGUGACUACAACGCCAUGGUGAUAGAUUUAUUGGGACCUUCUUUGGAAGAUUUAUUCAACUAUUGUAACCGGAAAUUCACCUACAAAACUGUGUUACUCUUGGCAGAUCAGUUGAUUUGCCGGAUAGAAUACAUCCAUGCCAGAUGCUUUAUCCAUAGAGAUAUCAAGCCUGAUAACUUUUUGAUGGGGAUCGGACGCAGAGGUUCUCAGGUGAAUGUGAUUGAUUUCGGAUUGGCCAAAAAAUACCGGGAUCCAAGAACCCACUUGCACAUACCAUACAGAGAAAACAAAAACUUGACGGGAACCGCAAGAUACACCUCUGUCAAUACUCAUUUGGGGAUUGAACAGCUGAGACGAGAUGACUUGGAGAGUUUGGGUUACGUAUUGAUCUACUUUUGUCGUGGUUCCUUACCAUGGCAAGGUUUAAAAGCUGCCACAAAAAGACAAAAGUAUGACCGGAUCAUGGAGAAGAAGAUGACUACUCCCAGUGACAUCUUGACCAAGGGUUUACCCAAGGAGUUCUUGGACUACAUGGAUUAUGUCAAAUCUUUGCGGUUUGAGGAUAAGCCGGAUUACCCAUUUUUGAGAAAGUUGUUCAGGGAUUUAUUCAAGAGAGAAAACUAUAGAUAUGACUAUGUUUUUGAUUGGACUUUGUACAAAUUCCAACAAGAAAAGCAAAGGGAACAAAAGAUGAUUGAUAACAAUAACGCUAACAACAAUAACGAUAAUAAUGAUGAAAAAGAUAAGGAGAAUGACCAAGUUCAAAAGCUUCGCCCAGUUCUUCAACAAGCACAACAGCCUCCUCCGGUGGUCCAGCAUAUCCCUCAUCAACAGGGAGGCCAACUGCAACCAACACAACAACAGUUGUAUGCAAAUGCAAAGAAGAGUACUGUAAAGCAGAAUCCGAACUGGUUAUAA